GCCGCGACCUCCCCGCACGACCUUUGAAUUCUUCGUCCUUCGUACCACCGUACGCGUUACAGCACCGUGAAGCAAUUUGGGCAGCGCUAUGGUUGCGCACGAUCGCAUCCCUUUCGCUGCCACGUGGGCCCUUGCGCUAUCUCACGCUGAUAAACCUACGAUACCUAUGAGCCCCCGCAUCACACCACUUUAGAGGAAUAUAUACUCGUGCUGAGGCCUCUCACGAUUCCAGGUUCGCGAAACAGGACCCGCGUUCUCGACUUCAUGAAACAAGAAGAUUGCGCGGCCUCACACUCGACAUUCGGUGUGUUGUUAUUGGCUGCCCAGUGCCUAAGGCAGUGAUGCUGGUCGCAGGAGGCGGGUGUUCGCCACUCGGGAAUGGGUUAUAAAGUCGUAAACACGACGGAGGGUUCAUCCCGAACGAUAUGCUGUCCGCCUCGAACGCAUUGCUGCUAUUCGCAGCGGCGUAUGUGCUAGGUCGUAUUUAUGCUAUAUGGAAGAUUCUACAGUCCGUGAAGGGUGUCCCUGUCCAGUUUGUUCUCAUACAGCCACUGACGUCGCUCGCGAUCCUCUUGCCACACGGCCGUUGGAACCCUGGAACGCACUACGUCUGGGAUGCCCGGAGCACUGCAUACAGCGAGAGGCGUUUCGAGGCCAUACACUUCGUCCCGCUGUUAUACGGGUCCGGCUACUUAUACAACGUGUCUCCGGAAGCUUACAAGCAGAUUAUGAGCCAAGAUGGGAUGGAUAUACAGAAACCGGUGGAGGGGCUCACACUCGACUUCCUAGGGUCGAACGUGGUGGCCUCGAACGGCGACAUGUGGAAAAGACACAGGAAGAUUGCUGCACCUGCUUUCAAUCAGGAAACCUAUGCUGAUGUAUGGGAAGUCACGGCGAGGUUGUAUCACGAAAUGCUACAAAGCGAAGCAUGGAAGGCUGGCGACUCCAUUACAUUCCCCGCCUUCAACCACUUCACGACACGGAUUGCCCUCCUGGUCAUUGCUGCCUGCGGCUUUGACAUGCGCAUUGGGUGGGAUGAGUCUCCGUCGUAUCCCGGCUUGCACAGUACAAUUGACAGAAUGAUCGUCACCGUUUCCUCCAAUCUCCUGUUCCGCAUUCUCGCUCCGGCGUGGAUCCUAUCUAUACCCAGCGCAAUCAUGCGCCGCAUAAAGAUUUCCUACGAGGACUUGCAACGGUACCUUCAUGCCGAGAUCUCGAACAAGCGGGCAGAUUUGCGGAAGCGAAAGGCCGUCGGAGGGGCGACGGAGACUACGGAUCGAAAUGUGUUCGGAAGGCUUGUGACAGCGAGCGAGUCUGAGGGAAGUCGAGGCUUAGAUCUUUCGGAGCUCACUGGGAACUUGUUCAUAUUCCUCUUCGCCGGACACGAAACAACUGCGCACACCCUCGUAGUGACCCUCGCGCUUCUUGCUGUUCACAUGGAGGAGCAGGAGAAUAUUUGCCGUCACAUACAAGAAACGAUUGGUAACAGGGAUCCGACCUUCCAGGAUUAUAGUGCUUUAGGGCCAGUCUUACACGCCUUUUAUGAAGCAUCCCGGCUAUAUCCCGCCGGUUACGUGCAGAUCCGGGAACCCCAAUCCAACAUCGUCCUGAAGUUCCAUGAUACGGAACGUCCGGACGCACAACGCGAUGUUUUUGUAGCAAAAGGCAUUCUUUUGUGCAUGGACCAGGUCGGCUUGAAUCGCAAUCCUCGCACGUUCCCGCAACCUGAGGACUUCAUUCCUUCACGAUGGAGAGACAAGUCCGCCGACGACCUAGUCGCCUUUUCUUUUGGCCCUAGAGUAUGCUUAGGAAAGAAGUUCGCUUUCGUCGAGGCUGCGUGCUUCCUCACUCACCUCCUGCGGGACUGGAAAAUCGAACUGGAUCUGACCGGUUACUCAUCAUUCGAAGAAUGGCAAGCGAAAUACAUGUAUCCGCUUAUGGGGAUUACACUCAAGACUGGGGAUGUCCCGCUGAGGGUAGUGAAGCGGCCGUCUUGAUGUGGCCAUUAACCCUACUCUAGUCUGCCAGUUGUAGCUGCUCUUGGAAUAUUAUGUCGU